AUGGGCCCCUUUGAAAUACCACAUGGUAAAGUGGACAAGCGGCUACCUGAACGGCGUCGGUAUCAUCUCCCUUUCUCAAUUUUCGACAAGUCGGUUGUUCGAUGUGAACACCUUUCUAGAUGGUGGUCACAGCAACGAAGUUCUUUGCCACCCUCAGGAGAUACAUGUGUCAAGCGCUGCUCGCAGGAGCAGUACCCUGAUGAGCAGAAGAAGCUCUGUCUACCCUGCAACGCCAAGUGUUUAGCCCCAUUGAAACCAAACUUCCUUCCUGAUGGCGUCUCGGCGUGCUCUGGACCUGGUGAUUACCUCGGACUUGGGGGAUGUGCCUUCUGUUACUUUGUAAAAAAAGAUAAAGACACCUCCAGGUAUCAGUGUUUGGAUAUGAAAUGCCCACCCGAACACUUCGGCAACGCAACGUUCUUGAAGUAUCUGAACUUGAAGAAGGAGGAGUUAUCCCUGGUUAGCAUGCAAGUGGCAAAUUCGGCUCUCCAAGAAUGCGUUCCCUGCCAUCCUGAAUGUGAGGUCUGUGUCGGUCCAGGAAAUCACAUCUCUGUGUGCCGAAAAUGUCGAAAUUGGAUGUACCGGUCGGAAUGUGUGAAUACUUGUCCUCCUGACGACACCUAUGUGCCGAAUGCAACAGAAAUGGAACACCUCUCGGAAAGGGAAAAACAGAUGCUGGAGAGGCGAGAAUGUCUCCGAUGUCACGAGCAAUGUGCGGGAGGAUGUACAGCCUAUGGACCGGAGUUUUGCAACAACUGUCGCUAUGCAAAAAUUAUGAUUGAUGUGCAGGAAAAUAAGUCCGAACCGCAUUUCGUGACUAGCACUGAUGUAGGGGACAGUAUUGAGUUCAUCUGCAACUCCACAUGCCCGCCCGAGCUCAACAAAAUGGAGAACACCAAUCUCUGUUUGGAUGAGGAACAGUACGAAAAAAUGUCUGGUGCAAAGGUGGCACGUGCCCGAAAUCAGGCCCUCAUAGCAGCUGGAAUUGUCCUCCUAUUCCUUCUCAUCUUCUCUCUUGUAUUUGCUGUUCUCUGCUUCAAUUACAAAGCCAAACGCAGUCGUAUUAAGGAGGCAUUAAAGUCUACCUACACUAAUAUCAAAGCACCGGAUAUGAAGGACGCAAAGUCGAGCAGGGAGCCAAAUAUGGGUCGGUGGGAGAUGAUCAAUAUUGACGACCUGACCUUUGAUGAUCCCAGCAAUCCCAUUGGCAAAGGAGCCUUUGGUGAAGUGUAUAGAGGCAAAUGGCGAGUACCGAAACGAGUGCUAAACCAAUUCAAUUUGGCACGGAACACUUCACUAGACGUGGCGAUCAAAGUGAUUAGAUCAGCUGCACCCACAUCUCAUGGCGGUCCUGCAUCCAAUCUCGGUGCCUCUGGGUCCGACAGCAAUGCCAACACCGUUGAUCGCAUCUCCGCUAGGAGUAACCUCCAGGACAUGCUAACAGAAGCCAAGGGGGAUGAGUAUGCAAUAACUCGUACCACUCCGUACACCCCAUCGCCGGCUCCUUGGACCGAGAUGAAGCCACUGCCGAGUAGUUUUAGAGGCGUGCCAGAUGGCACCUUGGGACCACCCAAUGGUACGGGCUAUGCCUUUAGAUUCCCAGAAGAACCCUUCUUUGAUGAGCACCAACAUCACCGACUCGAAGAGGCUACGGGAGAGGGGAAUGGCAAUGCAGAGUCCGAAUCGCUUCUCCCACAUAGAGUCGGCUACGAUCAUCAUCAGCACCAUCGACGAUUUUUCUCCCAUUCAAAUGAUACGACAAGACUGCGGCAAAACGGACGACAGGAACGUGGUCCAACUACUGGCGCAUCUACCAAUACUUCCGUGGCAUCGACAAAUUUGGAUUCAUGGCCGACUGGAAGUGGGACAGGGUCAAACGCCACCUUCCCUGUCUUGGAUCGUAAUCAACAGCAGCAACAACAGCCAAAGUACUACAAUACCUCCGCUUUUUUGGCCAGUGGUACUUACGGACCUUUAGUUAGACCACCCUCUCCACCGCCGGCGCCACCUUCGGUUCCACCGCCUCUUGCGCAAGUGGAACGUGAUGAUGACUUGGACACGAUGGGAAGUGGAAUCAAAGACGCUGAGAUUAAUUACCUUUCCUCUCUAGAGACGUCUAUGGACGGUGAUGAAGCAGUGGGUGGAGGACAAAGACCACUGCAACCAGAAGAUUACCUAGAACCGAGAGCAAGUGCCACUGGUAGGAAACAGCCAGGAGGUCUUAACGCCGUUGGGAAUCCCAACUACUUCGCCGAUAAUCAAGAAUACUUCCAACCUACCGGCCCCAUUUAA